CUUUGUCACAGUCCACUGUGCCCCCAAGAAAGUUCCUUAACCUCAAACCCCUUAUGGCAAGUUGCUAACUUCUCUUACUUUUAUCUUUGAAGCCACCCUCUUCUAACUUCUCCAUUUCACAAGGAAGAAGAUCAGAGAACAUUUAGAACAAAAAAGAGAGUUUGAGAAAUGGGGAGGGGUAAGAUUGAGAUCAAGAGGAUAGAGAACUCAAGCAACAGGCAAGUUACAUACUCAAAGAGAAAGAAUGGGAUCCUAAAGAAGGCCAAGGAAAUCACUGUUCUAUGUGAUGCUCAAGUUUCGCUUAUCAUCUUUGCUGCAUCUGGAAAGAUGCAUGACUACAUCAGCCCUUCUACCACGUUGAUUGACAUAUUGGAGAGGUACCACAAGACCUCAGGGAAGAGGCUUUGGGACGCCAAGCAUGAGAACCUAAACGGCGAAAUUGAGAGACUCAAGAAAGAGAAUGACAGCAUGCAAAUUGAGCUCAGGCACUUGAAGGGUGAUGAUAUCAACUCUCUUAACUACAAGGAGCUGAUGGCCUUAGAGGAUGCCUUAGAAACUGGUCUAGUCAGUGUCCGCGAGAAACAGAUGGAUGUAUACAGGAUGCUCAGGAGAAACGACAAGAUCUUGGAGGAGGAGAACAGGGAACUUAAUUUUCUCUGGCAACAACGUUUGGCAGAGGAAGGUGCGAGAGAAGUGGACAAUGGGUUUGAUCAAAGCGUAAGAGAUUACAAUUCCCAUAUGCCAUUUGCCUUUCGUGUGCAGCCUAUGCAGCCAAAUCUUCAAGAAAGGAUCUAAUAUAUAACUCUUGAAUUCAAAAACUUCAUCUUGGUGCUGUCAAAAUCGUAUGUGUCACAACUCUUUUAAGUAUAUGUUGGUAUCUGGUUGUAAGUAAUAAACUAAGCAACUGACCUUUGGCUUUAAUUGUGAAGUUACAACAUCUUGUGUCUCCAACCUUAUUGGGUAAUCAUAUGACAUCUUAGUGUGUUUGUCUGAGUA